UUCUUAAGAACAUGGCAGCGAUUCUUGUCUGCUUCUCCAUCAUAGCCACGGUGGUUUUCGCCGGCUCGUCGGGUGCCUCCGGGCAGGAGCUCACCGCGGACUACUACGAAGAAUCGUGCCCUCUGGCGCUGGCGACCAUCAAGUUCGUCGUCGGCGCGGCCAUCGUGAAGGAGCCCCGGAUGGGAGCGUCGCUGGUCCGGCUGCACUUCCACGACUGCUUCGUCAAUGGCUGCGACGGUUCCAUUCUGCUGGACGACACCGACGACAUGAUCGGGGAGAAGACGGCCAAGGCCAACAACAUGUCGGUGCGAGGGUACGAUGUAAUCGACGCGAUCAAGUCCGCGGUGAACACGGCCUGCUUGGGGAACGUCGUCUCCUGCGCUGACAUCCUGGCCGUCGCUGCUCGUGACUCCAUCGUUGCACUCGGAGGAAGCUCGUACGACGUGCUCCUGGGCCGGCGGGACGCGACGACGGCGAGCCUGGACGACGCGGACGACAGCAUCCCGAACCCGUUCAUGGACCUCCCGGAGCUUGUGGCCAACUUCAAGUCCCAGGGCCUCACCCUGCAGGACCUCGUCGUGCUGUCGGGCGCCCACACGCUGGGCUACUCCCGCUGCGUCUUCUACCGCGACCGCAUCUACAACGAGACCGGCACACUGGACCCGUCCUACGCGGCGUCGCUGGACGCGCGGUGCCCUCCCACCGGCGAAGACGAGCCGCUGGCGUCGCUGGACGACACGCCGACGACCAUGGACACGGACUACUACCAGGGCCUCAUGCAGGGCCACGCGCUGCUGCACACGGACCAGCAGCUGUACCGGGGUCGCGGCGGAGACAGCGACAGGCUGGUGCGGCACUACGCCGGGAACCCGGACAAGUUCGCCGAGGACUUUGGUGCGGCGAUGCUGAAGCUGGGCGGCCUGAGACCGCUCACCGGGGAGGAGGGCGAGGUCAGGGAGGAUUGCCGGGUCGUGAACCAAGAGUGAUUAAUUGUUGGUGGCGCGUGCUCAGAUGGAUGGCAGGAUCCCAUGAUUUAGUUUUGGAGAGUGCUUUGCUUGCGUUGCAUUGCAUGUACUUUCUUGAUUUUGUCGGUGUUUAGCCAUGUAUUUAAACUGUUCUCGUUGGAGUUGCCAGA